GAGACAGGCUACUCGGUCGGCGACACAGACAGCAGUCCUUCAGAACUCAAGUACGGAGAUCUCGAGCUGUUAGGUUUUCUUCCAAAGGGUACAGGGGCUCUUUACUUCGACAUGUGGUUGACUUGUCAUUGAAACUCCUCACCAUCACUGUCGUCCUGUCCUGCGCGUGUACGUUUCCACAAUCCGGCCCUUGAGUACGCUUGCACAACAACCGCGAGGAGGACUGCCGAAAAGAAAGCCGGUACAGCCUCACCCCGUUGGCCAAGAUGGCCACCUCCAAUGAUGCAAAGGGCUUCAAGCAGGACAUGGUAGUGUCGAUACGAUACCGAAAUGACCUGCCUCCUCCGCCCAUGCCUCCGAAGCUGCUCAACAUAGACACUGGCGGUUUAUCCCAAUACCUUACAACGAGCUAUGCGUCUGGCCUGGUAAAACGCGAAGAGCCCAAUAUUGAGGUCGAUGGAGAAGGAGGAAUGCCUAUUGAUAUGGUCGGCGUCCCUGGAUACUUUCUGGGUGACGAGAGCGCAAUCAUGGCGCCUGACAUCCAACCGGUGCUCGAUCCGGCCGACCACGCGCUCAUGAUGACCGUUGAGCAAUUGAAGAGUGCGGGUGCUAAGAACAACGUCUCUUUCCUGCGCAAGACACAGUACAUGACGGCGUCGCAAAUGGCGCGAGCAUCGAACAACAACGAUCCCUUUGUCCGCGCGACGCCCCGGUCGCGGAAGGUUGUCGAGAGCAACAAAAUGGUGCCCCCGCCCAUUGCUCGAGACGACCCGGCGAACAUCAAGAGACACAUCCAAAAGGGCUUCGACAUUGCCUAUCCCGACAGUGUACCUUUCAACCCGCCUGAAGCCAAAGCCAACCCUAUCACUCCGCAAGAACGCGAUGCUUGGAAAAACCCGGUUCAUCCAGACAAUCCACGCCUGAAACCCGUUGGCUUCUACCCAAUACUACCGGAUUUAGAUGCAAUGACCGACAUGGCUGGAAAUUGGCAAGCCGUGAAGUUCGAGAAACCCCCGCUACCGCCGUACCAUGGUCGAAGAGACGACCGAGUCGACGUGGGCCUGAUGAUGGCAUCCGAAAACGCCCCCGAAAUGGUCAAGUGGAAAGUCAAGAAGGCGGCAUUCGAUAAGAAUCCGGAACUUUACGAAGAUCCCGGCCCAGAGCCUUACGUUUGGUCGCUUCUGGUCCCGAAGCAAGUCAACGCGGCCCCGAGAAUUCGCAAGAUCUUCAACGAUUCGGACCCCCAGAAGGAUGACCCCGAGCUCUACGCCCCUCUUCUCGAGGAGUCGGCAGACGGAACGCAGCGGCUGCCCUUCGAACGUGUCCGCGUCUAUCAGACAUCCAGCCAGAACCACGUCGACCCUCGUCGCGUCAUGGGAUUGUCACUCGUCGAUGCCGACCAAUUACCCCCUGAUUCACGCUUCCGCAAGCAAGGUUCGGCGGCUUACUACUACCCCAUCCUUGAACGGUUGCGUAUGAAGGCCGACCGAGCCAACCUCACCAAGGCCCAACAAGCUCGUCACCAAGCAGCGGAGGACGAGGCGGCGGCAAACAUCCCCGACCAGUUGAUGGUGCUGUUCAGAGAAGCCGCAGCCAACGAGAAGGUGGCGCGGUACCAGUUCCGCGGCGAGUACGAUGACUCUUUUGCCGACGAAUACCAGGAGAUUGUGCGAGCGGGCGAGGCUGAGGAGGAGCAGGCGCGUGCUCAAGCCAUCCUAGACGAGCAGGGCGAGUUGCACGAAGGCGCCCAGGAUGUUUCUAUGCACGAGGUUGCAGAUGGGGAGGAAGCAGAUGUCACGACGAAUGGAGUCGAACAUAAGGACCGCGACGAUGAUAGGAACACCCCGCCGCCGCCUGUCAACGCAGGCGAUCCUGCCGUGCAGGGACAAGGGCAUGUGGAGGACGAUAACCAAGAUGAAAUGCGGGACGAUUGAUCCCAAGAUGUACUAUGUUAGAUUCUAUGCUGUGUUCGGAUCAGACUUGGAUCUACUAGAUUUGGACCGUUGGCUCUGACACGAGCUCUUCCACGGCUUUGGAGAUGCCUGAUAUUGUGUUCACGGAAGGAAAAGCUGCACUACUACUUCGGCGGUUUGAAGGCGGCAUAAAAGCCGUGCUAAGAUGAAUGUAUCAAUUCUUGAAAACUUUCAUUCAUACUCGAUGCGCAGUGAUCGUGCUCUUAUCGUGCAAUGUGUUUUUCAAGUGAUUGGCCUGGAUUUGAAAGACCAUUUCCCUUCUAAAACAGUCAUUCAGAAUUUCCCAUGAUGCAAUGUCAGAGCACUGCCAUUCAACCGACCUGGCCUGAGUUGCGCCAAAUUCCACUGUCCGUUUUGGCACUGUUACAAUUCCC